CUGCUCGGAUUCUUAUACUCACCACCGCUCACAUCCCGAACCAUUAAUCGGUUUAGCCAUUUUAGUAAGUGCCAUUCAUAGGUCAAGGUGUUAGUCUGUCGGUCUUGUCAGGAUUGCGUUCGAGUCAAGAAUCGUUAGUCGUUGAAAUUUUGCAAAAUUCCUGUUCGAGCUAUGCCAAAGUUGUGGUUCAUCAUAGUUUCCGUAAUUCUGUUACAUUUGGAUCCUUGUUUGAGCGCAGAUGGACACUGCAUAACUUCGAAGGCUGAAUCAGGAAAAUGUGUCCACAUAGACCGAUGCCCUGAGCUUAAAAAACUAGCGUACAGCCCAACUAUUUCGGCGGCAGAGCGAAACCUACUCAGAAUAAGUAUUUGCGGUGAACAAAUGGUUUGCUGUGCGGAUCCUCUAUCACCGGCGGAAAACCCGAUCAUCAAAAUGAAUUUGGAUGUAUCGUCGGAAGACUACAGGAUGCAGCUACCGGAUCCAGAUGAUUGUGGCGUAAAUCCUCCCGCAGAUCGCAUUUAUGGUGGUGAUAUUACGGCUUUGGAUCAGUUCAUGUGGACGGUGGCCCUAGAAUUCGAUGUAAGAGGGAUCCGAUCCGUUAAAUGUGGCGGUACCUUGAUCAACUAUCGAUACGUCCUUACAGCGGCACAUUGCGUCAAGUUUGUGAAGCCAGAAAACCUCAUUGCGCUCAUUGGUGAAUACAACUUGACGAGCAAUCCGGAUUGCGACGAGUACAACAACUGCAACCCGAAGGUUUUACGAGCCCAGAUUCAAACCAUAACGAUUCAUCCGGAAUACCGAAACAGGCAGAAAGCUGACAUAGCCCUGCUUAAAUUGCGCCAACCGUUGCCCGAAAAAUAUACGAAAAUUAUAAAUCCCAUCUGUUUGCCUCAUUCUGAAGCUUUGCGACGAAAUCUUUUCACGCAUCAUAACGCCAGCGUCGUCGGCUGGGGUGGUCAUGAGGAUGGUAUCAGCAGCGAGGUAAAAAAAUAUGCAAGUUUAGUAAUAACAACCUUGGACAGCUGUAAAAAACAAUACGCGAAUUUGUACGAUACUCGAAAGUUGACCGACAAUCAUCUGUGUGCGAGAUCAGUUACCGAUGGAUUUGAAGACGCAUGCAAGGGAGAUUCGGGGGGUCCCUUGAUGGUUAACUAUGGAGGAAAUUGGUUUUUGGUAGGAAUUGUGAGCUUCGGGACAGAAUGCGGAAUUGGCAAAAUACCAGGUAUCUACACCAGAGUUUCCAGCUUUAUGUCUUGGAUUGAGGAGAAUUUGGUGGAAUGAAUUGAAAGCAGGAAACAGAAUUCAAAUAGGUAUACCAUUUAGUUUCAUAAAAACAUUACAUAAUAA